AUGCAGUUCAAGUCCUUGGCCCUCUUCAUCGGUGCUUCGCUCGCCAUUGCCGCACCUGCUGCGCUCGCAGCACCCUCGGCGCGAAUCUGCGGUAACGAUCAGGUCGCUUCCGCCGCGAUCGAGCAGGCACUCGGUCUCAAGCUCGCCUCUGCUCGCAGCGACAACACCAAGAGCGCCGCCGGCACCAGUUCUGCCGCCUUCACCGCCACACGAAUCCCCAUCUACUUUCACGUCAUCACCGACGGCACCAACGGCAAGCUCAGCUCCACCAACAUCAACAACCAGAUCUCGGUCAUGAACUCGGCCUACUCCGGAACCGGCCUUUCGUUCUACCUCGCCGGAAGCGAGACCACGACCAACUCGAACUGGUUCAACAACGUCAACCAGGGCACCACCGCCGAGAGGCAGAUGAAGAGCGCACUUCGCAAGGGUGGUGCCAACGCCCUCAACGUCUACACUGUCAACUUUUCCGGUGGCCUGCUUGGAUACGCAACCUUCCCAUGGAGCUACAACUCGAACCCAAGCAACGACGGCGUCGUCAUGCAGUGGUCAUCCUACCCCGGUGGUCCCAUCACCAACUACAACGGUGGCAAGACGCUCGUCCACGAGGCAGGACACUGGGUCGGCCUCUACCACGUCUUCCAAGGCGGUUGCUCCGGUAGCGGCGACUACGUCGACGACACUCCUCCUCAGUCGACCGCUACGAGCGGCUGCCCCGCCAACCAGGACUCUUGCUCCGGUGGAGGCCCCGACAGCAUCCACUCGUACAUGGACUACUCGUACGACGACUGCUUGACCGAGUUCACCAGCGGUCAGAUCGCCAGGUUGCAGGCGGCUAUGGACUCGUACCGUUUGUAA